UAAUUUCUGCUGGUUCACUUUUCGUCAGUAGUGCCUGCUACAAACGAAGUUUUUUUUUUACACGGAAAUAAAAUAAGACAAUGUCUUCCGAACACAGACAGUUAACCUCCAACGAGGCGACGGACUGUGUGGGGUUCGCCAACCUGCCCAACCAGGUCCACAGGAAGUCAGUCAAGAAGGGUUUUGAGUUCACUCUGAUGGUUGUUGGUGAAUCAGGCCUCGGAAAGUCAACGGUCAUCAACAGCCUUUUUCUCACUGACCUUUACCCUCACAGGGUCAUACCCAGUGCUCAAGAAAAAGCCGUAAGCACAGUAAACAUCGAAGCUUCUACAGUAGAGAUUGAGGAGAGAGGGGUGAAACUGAGGUUGACAGUCGUUGAUACUCCCGGGUACUCCGAUCCUAUCAAUGCUAAUAACUGCUUCGAGACCAUCAUCAACUACGUGGACUGCCAGUAUGAGAAGUUCCUUCUGGAUGAAAGUGGGCUGAACAGGCGACACAUCCAAGACACCAGGGUUCACUGCUGCUUCUAUUUUAUCAAUCCUAUUGGACAUGGAUUGAAGCCGCUGGACCUGCAGUUCAUGAAGGCCAUUGACCACAAGGUCAACAUCGUUCCUGUCAUCGCUAAGGCUGACACGCUCACCAAAAGUGAACUUCUGACUCUUAAGGCCAAGGUGAUGGAGGAGAUAAAGAAGCAUCAGAUCCAGAUAUACACUCUGCCGGACUGUGAUGACGAUGAGGACGAGGAUUAUAAACUGCAGUGUAAGCAGUUGAAGGAAGCUGUGCCUUUCGCAGUAAUAGGUUCGAACGUGAUGUUGGAGGUGAGGUCACGAAAGGUCAGAGGUCGCAUGUACCCGUGGGGCGUGGUCGAGGUGGAGAACCCUGAGCAUUGCGAUUUCAUAAAACUGAGGACUAUGUUGAUCGCCCACAUGCAAGACCUUCAAGAAGUGACCCAGGAAGUCCACUACGAGAACUUCAGGUCGCAGAAGAUCUCACAGGCUGAUGGAUCAGUUCCUAGGAUUAGACAAUCGAGGAUGAUAGCAUCUGAUAAGGAUGAUAAACUGAGUGAGAAAGAAAGAAUGCUGAUGGAAAAAGAAGCAGAGCUGAAGAGGAUGCAAGAAAUGAUCACCAGGAUGCAGGCAGAGAUGAUGAAAAAGUCAUCACCAUCAUCUUCGUGUGUCAAUGUCAAUGGAUGAUGAUGAUGAUGAUGAGGUAGUAUUAGAACUGGAUCAGAAGUAGAAUUUUCAUUGCCGGCCCACGUACCAACAUAUUUACAACUUGUUGUAAAUCAGCUUUUCGACUACUUAUUUUUUAAAUUCAGACGUUUCAUUGUUCAUGUUCUUUUUUCACAGUAAAAAUUAUUUUCAUCUUUAUGUUAUACAAUGUUAAAAUACAUAUAUAAUCAACUCUCAUUGAAUUAUAUUAUUGGCUAGUAUUAGUAACUGAACUGUGCUAGUUUGAAUGUUCUUUCGUCACGUUCAUCUAUUUAGUCUGAAAGUAAUGUAUUAUAAAUGCACUUUGUUUAAUUAUUUUGCUUGUUUGUCACGCGGCGAAUUUCACACACACACUCCAUACAUGUUUAAGACAUUUCAAUUUAACAAAAGCCAACCAUCUAGUCUAAGAAUGCAAUCAUAUGUCUUUAAAUUUAAUUAUAUAUAUAUAUAUAUACAUAUAUAUUCAUUUAUUCAGUCACAUUAUUACUGACUUCAAUAUUUUUGUACACAAACUUUACAAGCCGUCAACUUUUAAAAUCAUCUAAAACUUAUAAAUUUCAAAUUAUUUUUCAUUUGCAGUGUUUGCAUUUUUAAAAAUUUUCUGCCAUUAAUGUUUAUCGUGCAAUUUUACAUGUUUGGAAUUAUUCAUUUAAACAUUUAUGAAGCUUUGUUACUCAAAUUUAUAUUAUUCAAUAAAUUGCCAUAUUUUAUAUGAUAAAUUUCUUGUAGAUCCUUCCGUUAUUCACUAAUCUACAAAUCAAAACUCGUGUGCUCAAAAGUAUUGCUUCAACAUCCAAAUAUAAGCUUCAUACAGUUAGGUCGAAUGCAGUUCUACAAACAGAUGUUUUGAAAUAAUUGCUCUUACUAGUUAAAUAUAUUCUCAUAUUUUUAAA